AUGCCUGAUCCUUCCCCAGGAGCAGUGCGAAUGAUCGUCAACGCGUUCCUCGUCCACGCAGAUCAAAUCGCAUUUUUCCUGCACCGCACGCGUUUCUUCUCAAUGAUGCAGAUGACGAUACAGUCCUCUGCAGCACAGAUGGCACCGCUCUCCCCAGCGCUUACGAACGCGGUCUGUCUCUGGGGUGCUCUCAAGACCCCCCUCGUGAACAUGCCCGCCAGCACGAUCAUACACACCAUCCAGGCCAACGUUCUACUGGCGAACUACCACUUCGCCACUGGCCGUAUGUUGGAGGGUCAGCACUACUGCAACGCCGCGGUCGCGUUGACUCUGAGCUCUCGCCUGUACAGUAUUCGGACGAUGCAGGAUCAGCAGCGGUCGGGGUCCUUUCACGCGAUGGAGUUCGAUCUAUCUCCGCCGAACGACGCCAUAGAAGAGGGCGAGCGCAUCCGCGCGUUCUGGCACGCCUCCACCGGCCCGCCGAUCGACACGCCCUGGCCUAUGGAAGCAGACGACUACGCAAGUGGCCGCUUCCCGCCGCACAUACGAGGAUCGCGCACCGUAGACGACUUCAUACGCGGAAAUCCCCAGAACGACCGCGGAGCGCUUGACGCUAUAAACCCUACCCAAGUUGCGUUCGUCAACCCCAUAUUCGCCAUCUUGUGGACAACCGUCAGCCGAGCUCUGGUCGCUGAAAUGGUCCGGUUACGAGGCCUUUGGGCAUCUGCGACCGUGCAAAUCGGACUUCCCUCUCCGGAGACGAACUGCAGAUCGUUGAAACGACACGCCAGGUUGUCGCGCUCUGGCGAAGAUUACCACGACGAUGUCGGCCUUCAGUCCCGGUUGCCCACUCAUGGCAACUCAAGCCGCAAAGUGGAACAAAUGGUGGCGCAAGCUGGAUAG